GGUUUGCCCCUCGAUUACUCUUUAAAAAAAAAAAAAAAACAAUAAUUCCAAUGAAUAAAAACGAUAAAAACCCUUUAUUUAUUACAAGUAUUUACACAAAAAUUCAUUCAACAAAGGCUUGUCAUUAUGCAAACUAUUAUUCUCCAAAACACAUCCAAUAACUUUAUGAAUAUUUAUCAAACUACCCCCAAUAACAUUCGGGUACUUCCUCUCCUUAUUCUCACUAUAAUUAAACAACAAUCGCUUACUAAUAUAAUCCCUAUAAAAUGAAACAUGUCCCACUUCAACAUAACAAAGUAAAUUAUUUGAAAACAUUUGUAUGGAAAUUCUAAGGCUUUCAGCAUUUUCCAGCUUAUGCGCAGGCAAUAAUGCUAUUCUAAAAUGAAAACCUAAUUGUUUAUAAAAAUGACUAACUUCAUUUACAAUAUCUUCCAACAAUAAUGAAUCAUCUAUACUAGCCAUAAAUAUACUAAUUUCUGAGGACUGAUUUAAAUUAAACAAACUUAAAAAAUUAUCAUUAACUUGCUGAUAUUUUCUGCCAAUACAAAAAGCUUUAAGUGGAAACUUCUGCACAUAGUGUUUAGUAAAAUAAGCCAUAAAUGAAUACAAAGAACUGGCUCCAACUAAGUGCAACUUAUUCAAAUCAUCACUUUUGAUACAAUGAAUGUUUUCUAAAGUUAAACAAUUUUGAAUAUUGUUGCCACAGCCUUCAACAAUAAUGCUUUUAACAAAAUCUGAAUUAGAAAACUGAACAUAGUCAGCCAAAAUUAGUUCUUCAUUGAAGUAAUUUUGUAGGGAGUAUUCAAACAAUGCUGCUUGAGAUGUUAAAUAGCAACUCAUUGGAUUUAUAAGUUUUAUGUAAUCAUUGCCUAUUGCCAAGUGGCUUUCAGUUUUGGUGCCAUUUUUGUCCAAAUACUUAUAAACUUCUAUUUCGUCAUUUUCAGGAGUUUUUGGGUGUAGGUUAUUAGGCAAAUUUAAAACUUGUAAAGCAGCUGCUUCUUCAAUACCGUAACUCAUAUUGCGUACAUUUUUUAAAUCUUCUUUAACAAGUUUUAGGUGUAAUUUUAAUUUUUGGAUUUCUUUAAUUACAGAUUCAUUACUAUCUAGUUUAUUUAGUUGGGCAAGUGUUUGUCCAAUUUCAAUUCUGGUUUGUUCCAAUACAUUUUUUUUAUUGUCUAUGUCUUUGUAAAAAUUCCAACGCUCCUCAACUGUAUUUAAUUCAAUUGGUAAUUGUCUCAAUUGCAAGUUUUUAAGCAAAAUGUUUUUAUUUUUUAAUUGUUCAUCAAAAUCUAUUAUUGGAGUAAGUACUGCGAAAUGUUUAUGUGCUUUAUCACCUGUUAUAUAAAGAGCAGAUGAAAAUUGGCGAAUAAUAGAAAGCUUAACAGUUCUAAGUAGCAUUUUUCAGUUUUUUAGGUUGAUUUUCAGUUGAAGGUUGAGUUUCAAUUUUCCUUUUAGCAGGCUGUUUCCAGCUGCCUUGCCCAGCUGCUCGUUCAGAGUCUUCCACAGUAUAAGGCUCGUCCUGCAAAGCCUUGAGUCGUCUUUUGUGUACUUUAGUGCCGAAAUGCUCCUGCAAUGCUUGAUUGUUGAUGAAGUAUCUAGCACAGUGAAUACAGUAGAAUUGGGCGUUUCCAGGCUUGUCAAAAUCGACUUCUUGGUUUAAAAGUUUCGGGGCGUUUUUUUCUUGUAAAUCUUCAUCGAUCUGAGUGAAUUUGAUUAGGUUUUUGGGUGGAAAUUGUUUGGGAACUUACCUGAUCCAAAUCUUUCACUCGCCUUUUUGUUUUGUAUUUCUUGUUGAGGUUAGUGUCGCCGGCGCUGUACGAUUUCCUUUUAUAAACCAUCACAAUGUUUAUUAGAAUUUUUAGUUAAUGGGUUUUUAAAAAAAUACCUACUAAAAAAACCUAGAAAUUUUUGUCAACACGUUUUCCACGUGUGUGUCAAACAACAAAAAUGUCAAGGAAAUUACAAGGCAAUGUGGCAACGCAGUAAUCCGACUCCUGCAAUUCAAAAACAGUAUAAAUUAAUUUAAAUUAAAUAAUUAGUAAAUAAAUUAUAAGAAAACAAUAAAAAUAGCUAAAAAACUGUAAAACUUUAAUUAAAUAAUGUUCAUUUAAUUGAAAAAAUGCAAUAAUUUUGAAUUAUAUAAUUAUAUAAUUAUUGCCGAUAAAACAGUUUUCUUCUAGCAUAAAAACGCGACAGCUGAUUACAAUGUUGCCGAAUAGUCUAGAAUAGAUAACAUAACCUCAAAUCAUGUUUUCCUAAUCAGAAUCCAUUUUUAUUUGUUUGUCCAACAAAGCAAGUGCCAAGUGGUUGAUUUAAAAAGGUUCGUUGAAUAUUAUUAUACUUAAAUUUCAAGAAUGUCCUAAAUUAUAAAUACUGAAAAAUCCACAAACAAUCCAGUGUAUAAUGGAGCAGCAAAAUUCAGAAAAAUUUGACUUGAUAUUGUCCAAGAUAAGGGAAUUUACUGAUUUGUUGAAUAGUCAGUACGGCUUGGCUUUGUUGCAUUGUCCAGAAUCAGAUAGGGAAAGUUUUACUAGUACUUUACUGAGUCUAGAAAAAAGUGUUCAUCGGACACUGAAAUAUUUGGGUACAAGUUUGUCGACUAGAAAGUAUCAUUUCAGUUGUGGUGUAUGUAACGAAAACAUCCUAAUCCAACCUGGAAAAGAUAUAUGGACAUCCUUGCAAGAUCACGAACAUUUUGAAGAAAUGUACUCCAAACUAUUAAGUGACGAACUAGAAAUUGUGCCCGAAAAUGCGACCUCUAUGCCUAAUCAAUCCGAAAGUGAGAGCACCUCCAAUACAGACAGCGGCAUAGAGCACCAAGAAAACGAGCAAACAAAAAUCCAAAACUACCCUCCAACCACACCGGAAAACGCUAACGUUUUUCGCUUCAACUUCACUCUGCGGUAUAAUGAUGAAGUAGAAAACAAACUUUAUCCAUCAAACAUGAUGCAAUCUAUAAGAAAGUACGAUAAAGUUCAAGACUUUAGUAUAAUGCGUGCAGGAAACACUAGAGCUGUUUGUUUCUUGUGUCCGUGCGAAAUGAACAGCAAAAGAGUAACAAAAGUUUCACUAAUGAAUCACGCGAUGGGCCAAAGACACAUGAAUUCAGCCACAACUCCUACUGUAAUUGAAAACCUACGCUGUUUUCACGAUUUUUGGCUCAGGCAAGAACCACCAGUUCAAGCCCAUCAAGUCUAUUUUAGAUGCUUCGAAUGCAAAGUCUUCAGGUGUACUUUGUGCUAUGUAUUGGUAAAUUGCGAAGAUGUUCUGGUGCAUCUUAAGAAGAAUUCUCAUAAAAAUCGCGUGCUUGAUUUUUACCACCAGAGAAGUAACACUUUUUUUCUUGUUAACUUGCAAGUGCAAGUUUAUGGAGUGACAAAGGAGGAAAUUGAGGUGAGGGAAAGUGAGAUUAGGGCUAAUGAAGAAGAGCGGAUUAAAGAGAAACAGGCCAAGAAAAAUUUGGAUAGUGAAACUGUUGACGAAGCCAAAAAUAUGUCGAAAAACCCUACCCAAGAAUUAGUUCACAACAUAAUCAAAUCAGUAGAAAACUCGGGAAGCAGUGAUCCCCUUAAAUUACUACCAAAUCGUAUGAAGGAAGAGGCCAAGUGCCUGAAACGUGUUACAAAAAACAAGGUAACAGUUAUAGAAUGUCAAUUGUGCAAGUGCGACAUACCGGAUAACAAAGUGCUCCUGUUGAAAAAACACAUUGCAACUUCUCCUCUACACCAAAAAAAAAACUACAAAUAUUUUUGCGAAAUAUGCAGCUCGAGGGCGAACAGCGAGGAAUUAUGGAUGAGACACGAUUUCGGUGCAAACAGGCACGUCAAAAUGGCAGAGAGCCGAAAAAAUCGAGUUACGGAAUAUGAAUGUACAACUUGCCAAACUGUUAUAUUUGGAGACGAAUUGUCUCUCACGCGCCAUUUGUCUGUUGGUAAGGAUAGGAAAAAGGGCCUGCCAGAUCCAGUGAAAACAUUAUUCACUUCUAAACAGCAAAUUGAAGAGCAAGCAAUUGCUUUAGCUAAUGAAGCUGAAGGUGUUAUUAAUAAUUCUUUGACAAGAGAUUGUUGUGAGAAGCUGGAAACCGAUUUAAAACUUGCGUUUGAACAUUGCAAAGUUUAUCCUUUUGGGUCUAGGAUUUCUGGAAUAGGAAAUGAUAAAAGUGACUUGGAUGUUUUCGUGGACGUUGGUGGAGCGUAUUAUGGUAAAACUAAUCAAGAUCCUUUUGAACAAGUCAGAUUGAUCAGAGCAGCUGUAAAAGUUUUCAAGCAAACCGAGUACAAUCAUAUAGGGCAAGUUUUAACAGCUCGUACUCCUAUUUUGCGUUUGCAUCACAAAUCAACCAAUCUUGAUUGUGAUUUGUCUUUCAAGCACGGACUUAGUGUUGAGAAUACUAAGUUUUUAAGAUUUUGCAUACAAUUACAGCCAGUCAGUCAACAAUUGAUGCUUCUAGUGAAAAAAUGGACUACUAGUAUUUAUUUUGAAAAUGUUACCACAUAUUCGUCUGCUAUAUUGUGUAUAUUUUAUUUGCAAGUUAAUGGAUAUUUGUUGUCUGUGGAAAAACUGAGGGAAAUUAAUAAGGCAGAACAUCCAACUAUAGCAGGUUGGCGCACAAUUAAUUAUACCUUGCCCAUAGACGAAGUCAAAAAGCAUAUAAAACUAUACAACAAACCAAUUCUCGAGCUACUCAUAGAUUUCUUCAAAUAUUAUUCAAAAUUUGAUUUUAACAGUUUUGUAAUUUGUCCAUUGCUGGCCCAAUUGGUUAAGCGUUCAGUAUUUUCCGAAGGCAGUCCCCAAGACUUGCCUAAAGAAAUGGAUGCUUACGUAACUCAGCUGGCUUACGAAGAUGCCGAAAUCUUCAGAUCCAAUUCGUACAUGUGCAUUCAAGAUCCUUUCGAUCUGAGUCAUAAUUUGACAAAGGCCGCUCAACAGGGUACUAUUAUUAAAUUCCAGAAGAUGUGCAAACAUACUUUGGAACAUUUGAAAAAUUUGCAGUGAAUUUUUGUCUUUUUAAUGUGUUUUUUUUUUUUAAUAUUUUGCAUAAAUAAUAACUUCUAUAUUGAGGUUUGAAGAUUGUUUUACAGUUAGAUAAUAGACAACAAUAUAAUUAUAUUAUUAUGUAUUCUCUGUACUUAUGUUUGAAAUAAAUAUUUUUUUUUACUACUAACCUGAGAA